AUGGAGAAAAAACAACAAUUUUGUGUUUCUGGUUCUUGUUUGCCUUCGAAGAAAACCAAGAAUCCUGAGAAAAGAAAAGAAUGUGGUGAAGUUUUUACUGGGCUUCCACUUUUUACUGACGACAAUUUUCUUUGGUUCAAGAAAUCAAAAACAUGCAGUUCCAUUGUUGCUUCAACAACUCCAGUUGGGGUUAAAAAAGAACUAAAGCUUUUUCAUGAAAACUGGGUGUCCAUGCCUGAAUCAAGAAACAAAGAAUCUGCAGAAGAGCUGGAGAGAAGGGUGGCUUUUAACCUUAGGAGGAUGAUAUCGUCUUAUAGUUGGGUGGAUUUGCAAGAGGAGAGGUCUCGUGGGGUUUCUACUCAACUAAGCUUGUAUCAUCAUGACCCAUUCAAGAUUAAGAAGAAGAUGACACGUAGUGAUUUGGGUUUUUCAUGCAGGCUACUUGUGUCUUCAGAUCUAGUUGAGACACAUAUCCUGCCUUUCUUGAAUAAGGAUCAGAUUAAACAGGUUGUUGGAGUGGGGAAUCAAGAAAAUCAAGAAACCAAAUCUGGCUUGAAGGUCUGGGUUUGGGAUAUGAAUACGGAGACCAUACAUCAGUUGGUCUUCAAAAGAUGGGGCAGUUCUAAAACUUAUAUUUUCAACGAUGGCUGGACAAAGUACUUCGUUAAAAGGAGGAAUUUAAUUGAAGGUGAUCAAAUUGGACUCUUUUGGGACAUUGAUCACUCAAGAUUUCACUUCAGUGUUCUGACUAGGGCUGCUGCUGUUAGUGCCUAA